ACAAGGAGUUAUCGCCAAUGAAGCAGCCAACAUUCCAUGAACAAGUCCUGGCGCCUGUUUAUGAAGGAGAGAAGUAACAGCCUAUUAUACUAUCAGCAACGGAAUUUGACAUAUAGCAAAAGCUGGUGAGAAACUCAUACCUCAGGAGUAUUAUCCAUAACCGCAAAGCCCGUCCCACCAGUCGAAAUAAUCAAAUUGACAGCAUUCACCCCAUCCGACCAAGCCGUAACAGCACGUUGAAUAUCCAAAACCUCAUCCCCGACAAUCAUCACCACAUCAACCUUCCACUUACCGGACCCCUCAUUCUCAAAGACCGACGUCAAGAUGGCACUCGAAGAAUCUGUCGAGGGAUCUCUCGAAGCGGUCGUUGACACGAUCAAAAUCGCCGCACGAAGAGGACUGGACUCCGACAUUUUCUGAUGUUUGUCUUCUUUUUUUGUAUAGUUGUACUGUACGGUAAGUCCGGACUCGAGUGAGUACUUGAAGUACAAUAUUCGCUGACGUGAGUCUCUUGUGCAACUUCGGGGAAAUAUCCAAUGUCCGUUAGUUGUUACACAUCGAAUACCCUGUAUAGGAAGGCAUUCUCCUCACUCUACCUAUGUCAGAAAAAUAUGUGAAAAAUACUGAGAGACUCGGAAUUGACUAAUUUGGAACUAAAUCGAAAUUUUGAGUUUUAUAUUACAUUGCUGCUACAUAUUCUUACAAAUUUCGAAAAGAAAAGUGUCUAACUGGCGAGAGCAAACACGAACCUUUUCCCCACCUUCUCUCUCCGGAAACGUCACACCCCCCCAAAAAUAGUCGCAUCGCGUCUCCAAAACUUUUGUACCACCGCGUCUAUAAGACCUCACAAGCCCACAAGCUCAACAAAACCAACCCUACAGCAACCAUGGUUCGCAUAAAGAAUCGCUACCUCCUAGUCAAUAUCCUCUACCCUAAAUUAGAAAGCGCCACCUCGAAAACCCCAAUCCCAGACGUCGUCGCAUUCAACCAACCAACCUCCAGCUCAUUAGAUCAAAACGUGCUACUCAAAGCGAUUCGCGCGCAGGUUCUUGAGUUAUUUGGGGACUAUGGGUCGGGGGCGGUACUGGAUAGUCUGCAGAGUAAGUAGUAUAUAAUUUCUGUGUGUCAGAGAUUGGGAGUAUUGAGUUAACCGGUAUUUUCAAUAGUAAAAUACUUUUCGCAAGCAACCUCGACGUUCAUCCUAAGAGUUUCGCGAUCGCAUUAUCAAAUCGCAUGGGCGGCGUUGUCCUUUAUGACUAAGGAACCGGUGAAGAAUGGGAAAAACUGUGUAUUCAGGGUUGUAAGAGUCAGUGGGACGAUUCGGAAGGCAGAGGAAGAAGGAAUUCGAAGAGCAAAGGAGAUUGUCAUUAUGGCAAGAAGAGAGAUGGGCGAACAGAGCGACUCAACACUAGACAACAUUUUUGGAAAGGGGGGAAAGAAUAAUGCGGCCGAUGCGACAAACGAUAUCACCAUGGUUGACGCAGUGGAUAGCGAGGACGAGGAACUCAGUGACGAUGACUGAGGAGGGUAUCAUUGGUUCUUCCUAACAACUUUUACACCACUAUCUCCAGGUGGCAUGGACAUCAUAUCGAAAUCAUCGUCAUCUUCUUCCUUGGCUUGUGCUGCCCGUUCAGCUUCGUCUCGAGCUUUGGCCUGCUCCUCCAGUUCCUUCCGCUCCAACUCAUCGAAUUCGUCCUUCGCGUCGAGCCAGCGCUCUUGAACAUCCUUUACAUCCAUUGUGGUUACACCUUCUCGCAUUGCGACUUGCCAGACAGUAUCGUUUGCUCCCUCCGCUCCGCCGAAAGCAUAACCACCUGCUCGGUCGAUAACCUGGAGGAGAUGCAUCAUACUCUUCUUAUUCUCUACCGCGAGAGUCUCGAAACCGACCAAACCAAAACUCUCCACCAAAUCGACGAUAGCGGUAUUGAGACCCUCGAACUUGGAUCCGACGGCUGUUUCCUGCUCCAGAUGUGGCAGGAGAUAUGAGAGAUCUUGUACUUCUGUGUAAAAAUCGAGAUUGAAGGGAAGAGGCGAAUAGGAGGAGAGUUUAUCGAUUUUGGUCAAGACAUUUAGAUGCGGUAGAUCCAUUUGUAGCAUAGCUCGUAGAGAGAGUAUUAGAUUCGAGAUGUAUAGCGAAGGAAGGGUUAAGCAGUAAGAAUCGGAAAGAUGAAGUACUACCAUCUACAAAAGAGUCAGCACAAAAC